ACUCGACCGGUCCAACCGGUCAACCUAAAAACACAAUUUUUUCAAUUUUUGACGAUAUGUUCGAUGAGCUAUUGCAGAUUCUGACUUCUGCUGCUGCUUCUGCUCAGUGGAGGCAGGAAAAGAAGAGGAGCGGUGGAGGAGAUGAGGCAGAUGAGGACGCCAUGAUCGACGGAGGAGAUGAGGAGGAGGUGCUCGGCGGAGGAGAUGAGGCAAAUGAAGAUGCCGUGAUUGACGGAGGAGAUGAGGAGGAGGAGGUGCUCGACGGAGGAGAUGAGGUAGAUGAGAAUGAUCUGUUGAUUUUUUUCUGUUUUUCUGUGUUGCUCAGUAGAGGAGAUGAGUGAUGAGGACGAUCGGCUGGACGCUGAGUUGUGUUGCCGCCGACGGAGGUGGCUGAGAUCUGGAGCUCGUCGAUGGUUCCUUCUUUUUCUCACUCCUUUCUUUUGUUCUGGGUUUUACAAUUUGCAGAGAGUUUUCUUUAUUUCUCCAUGACUAGAUGAGGCUGUGACUGCUGGUGAGAUCUUGACGGAAGUGGAGCAGGGAGAUCAGGCCGCUCUGUCGGAGGUGAUGAGGUGGUGACUGCUGUGGUGAGAUGCCGAUGAACUCACGGGAGAUGGAGCAGGGAUGAGGCAGAGGGAUGGCCCGGCGGGUGGGACGGGUUGGGAGUUUGGAGCGGGUCUGGCGAGUCUGGCGGGCUAACGCGGGCCAACUUGCAAAACGGGCCAAUGCAUGAAACUGGCCCGUUUUUAAGCCCGGGUCCGGUUCAACCGGUUCAACCGACCGGGCCGGGCCGGGUUUUAAAACAAUG